CCUGAGAGGAUAUUCCGCUCAUCAAGCUCCAGUCGCUCAGUGUGAGAGUGAUGUCAGGGCUUGUCGUGUCGAAUUUGAGAAUGUCUUCUCCUCAGUGGACUAAAGGGAAGCAUAAGAAGAGAGUUGUGCUUGAUCUGAACGUGCAAGACUCGCCGACGCCGUCCAUCUCUCGGCGCCGGAGUAUCGUGGACGUGGUCCGAAAGCUCAAUGAUUGCUUUCCUGCUCGCUUCGUCUGCCGCGAUCAGGAGCAACAGAAUGGGGGGUGGGAGGGGUGGUUGGCAGGCUUCUGUCCAAGCAAGCAAGGGAUCGGACGAGCCCGAGUUGUUCGCUGGGUAGGAGGAUCACCGGUGAGGAGAGCUUCGAAGAUGCUGUCGAAUGAAAUUCCUGGAGGACUUGCAGAGGAGAAAGAAGACUCUUUAAAUUUAGAGGAAGGUCCACCAAUCACAAUGACGGUCUCCACAACAGCAAGUGAUCCUGUUGAUACCACCAAUGGUCAUCCAUCAGCACUAUCGUCAUCCAGUCUUCAGAUGAGGGAGGUUGAUGAAAAGCAGGAGAAGCGUUGGAAUGCAAUAUAUCCUGGUCAAUCGUUUGAUGAGAAUCGUGGUAUCCCAAAUGACAACAUUCCCUUAUCCAGAAUCCGGAGGGAUUCUACAAACUCAGCGUGCAAGACUGAAGAAAAAGCAGAAAUCUCAGGAAAUAAUGUGGAUGGAAUGUUCCAGAUGAUCAGUGCAAUGUAUGGCAAACUUCUUGUUGUCAUGGGCCUUGCCUUCCCUCUCUCUGAAAUUAUCUCAUCUCGCAUCCCAGAUGCUUUCUAUGAGGGAUUUUACCUCUACCUAUAUAUCGGAAGCAUCCUGUUCCUUGGGUAUGUGUAUAUCUUCCUCCUGAGCACAAAGCGACUCUCAUCUCUCGGCCUCCGAAUGCGGCAUCAAAACACUGAAGCAAACCUCACUAGCAAUUUCAGCAGUUUCUGCUCAAAUUAUAGUGCUGAUGAGUCAUUGACAGAUGUUGUCCGGACGUCACAGUCAUAUUCCCAGGCACGGUCCAAGAGACUCUAUCUUCUCCAGGAUGCUAAGAUCCAUUUUGGAAGCUUCUACCUUCGUCUUGGUGUUCUUGCUUUUGGUGUUGGGAAUAUGAUCUACUCUGGAUUGGAAUUCACCCAAUUGUUUGAACACAAACCUUCAUAUUGCUCCAAGAAGAUCAUUGCAAUAACCUCUGGUGUCCAUGUGGUCUUCACUUUCCUUCAGAUGUACUUCGUCUUUCUCAAUUCUAAGAUGUUAAUCCCCAAGUACAAGAAGCUGGCAAACUUCGGUCUCAUGCACAUGAUAGCUACUAAUUUAUGUGUGUGGCUCCAUGUGCUUGUCGAAGAGUCCAAGCACGAGUUUCUCGAGAUUUAUCACGAAUUAGGACUUCACAAUGCCUCAAGUCCUUAUCACCACCGCCAGAAACAUCCCUCUCUUGCUGAUGGUAUUGCAGCUGCUGUCACUGGAGGUCGCGUUCUUGACAACGAAACCCAAUUGUACCAAAAUGAAACCCAGCCGUAUCCCUCAUACAUGCACCAUAUUCAUAGGAGGGCCCUGCGCAACUUCAUGAAAGGAAUGUACGACAAUUACGAGUGCAGCCGCUCUGACAUCAUGGGCGAAGUGGUGCAGAACGCCAGUCCUUUCCUUUUCCCGUGCGUCAUCGAGUACAGCCUCAUUUGUGCGGCCAUCCUGUACGUGAUGUGGAUAGACGUGGGCGUACCGACGUCGUCGAAGAAGAAACACACCGGGAUGCUCCGCUAUUCCACCAAGAGGUCGCGUCACCACUAUUCCAUGGAUUGUGCCGGUGCCAAUCGGGGGCUCUUCAUGGGUCUCAUCAUCCUCGUCCUCACCGUCAUCAGCCUCAUCCUCUUCUUCGUCCUCAUCUCUCGCGACAAGACCAAGGAGCUGGCAGUGAUCAUGGCAAACGUGAGCGAGCUCGUCUUGUACGUGACGACCGCGGUCGCGUCCGUGAUCGGGCUGAUCAUGAUGCGGAAUAUGAGCGUCGUCAACCACAGACUCCAGAUCGAUUCUCUUCUCCUCAUCAUCGCUCAGACCGGACUGUUCAUGUACUCGGUCUUCAUCAUCAUCGGGGGCUACUUCAUGAUGAACGAGAAGGACGACAGUAGCUUCCUCACGCUCAUCACGGGGCUCAUGUCUCUCAUCCAGGGAAUGGUCCAGACCAUCUUCAUCUUGGACGCUUCGCGGCGUGUGGCCACCUGCAGCUCUCAGGCUCGGCGUAAGCCGGGUCGGGAGUUCGUCACGUUUCUCAUCGUGUCGAAUCUGGCGAUGUGGGCGAUCAACACGCUGGAGACUAGUCGGGCUAACGUGCAUCCUAUUCACCUUCGGUUCUACGGGCAGUGGGCGUGGACCAUCAUCAUACACGUGAGCAUGCCGCUGGCCAUCUUCUAUCGCUUUCACUCCACCGUUUGCCUCUGUGAAGUCUGGACCAAGGCCUACAAGAUCAGGGCCAUAAAGGUGUGAGUGCCAUCCUGCUUUUCUCAUCGUGGAAAGACGUUCAUCUGGGGACGAUUGCUGAUUUCAGCACGACCGAAGCCAAGCUUCUGUAUACCGGUUGAUGGAACGUUUCAUUCCAGUGCGCUCCACCCCAGAGUGCGAUUCGUGGCAGUUAUGCUGUCGAUAUUAUAUGUUCUUAUCCUUGUGUUUGUAAAAGUGAUACAUGUGGAAUUAUACAUAGGUGACUUGAAA